CCGAGGGCAAAUCUGUAAGAUCUUGUCAUAUUGUAGACAUGAUUUAAAACUGGCAGAAUUAUGUCGAAGCGACCAAGGACUCUUGAUAGCUUCUUCGUUUCUCCGCCAAACAAAAAGCGGCAAACGGAGAAUGCUGCAAAUGAAGUGAAGCCACAAAAUCAAGCUCAGUCGAAACACACCACUUACCCAUUUGCAGUCGCAGAACUUCCGACCGAUCUUCAAGAGAUCCUACAGUUUGUGCCUAGUUCGGAGGGACGAGAUAUUGCCGACCAACCCGACCUUGAUCUUGUCUACUACCAGCCUUACAUUCCGAAAGGCGCAGAAAAGGAAUUGUUUGAGUUUCUAAGGCAAAAUCUCUUCUUCUACCGAGUCAAAUAUUCGAUAAAGCGUGGUCCGGUGGAGACUCAGAUCAACACGCCUCGCUUCACGACGGUUUUUGGGCUCGAUGAGUCCUCACGCUUCAGUCCAGAUGGCAGCGUGAUAGUGGAUGCUGCGAGCCAGAAACCUGUCCCCAAAGACCGUUAUCAAUGUCAGCCGAGACCGAUUCCGCAAUGUUUAGACAGUCUUCGGAUACUGGCAGAGAACGUGACUGGAUGCAAAUUUAACUUCACGCUCGUCAAUUAUUACGCUUCAGGGGAUGAUAGUAUCUCAUAUCACAGUGAUGACGAGCGCUUUCUUGGCGUCGAUCCAGCAAUCGCUUCCAUGUCCUUAGGAGCGAGACGAGACUUCCUCAUGAAGCACAAGCCAACGGCUGCAAAACAUUCAUCUGAGACGCAGCCGAUGAAAAUGCCGAUGGCAAGUGGCGACAUGAUCUUGAUGAGAGGCAAAACUCAAAGUAACUGGCUUCACAGCAUACCGAAACGCAAGGGAGGUGAAGCAGAGAAAGGUCGGAUCAACAUAACAUUCAGGCGAGCCAAGGUAAAGGGCGGCACCGAGAAUUAUUAUCGAUACAAUGUUGGCCAAGGCGAUGUGUAUAGGUGGGAUCCAGGAUCUCGGAGCAUGGUGAUUUGGAAGGGCUGAUUCUUCGUUGGUUGUGAACAUAUUCGCUUUAUCUUAUGAUGGAAUGGGGAAGUGCCGGCUUGACCUUGUUGAUGCAUGAGAUAGAUGAAAAUAGCCUGGCAACUCGUCAUUUCGAA